UCCUAAGCCUCUCUGCUAAUGCUAAUGGCCCAGGAAACGAUCAAGUAGCACUCCGAAGAUGGCAGGAGUGUUUGAGGUGGAGGUUGACGGUGUGGAGCACGACCAUGGACUAGACCCUCACAAUGAAGCAGACCAGUUUGACGUGUCCAAGCUGUCACCAGAAGAGAAAUGGAGAGUGGAGCAUGCAAGAAUGCACGCCAAACACAAAGGCCAUGAGGCCAUGCACGCAGAGAUGGUACUGAUCCUCAUUGUCACCCUGGUUGUCGCCCAGCUCAUCCUUGUUCAGUGGAAACAAAGACAUCCAAAGUCUUACAACCUGGUGACUCUAUUCCAGAUGUGGAUAGUUCCUCUCUACUUUACUACCAAACUUCACUGGUGGCGGUUCCUGACCAUAUGGUUCAUCUUUUCUGUCAUCACAGCUUACAUCUCCUUCCGUGCCACUCGCAAGCCGCUGRCUUGCACCACUCCGAGGCUGGUGUACAAGUGGUUCCUCCUCCUGUACAAGAUCAGCUAUGCCACAGGAAUCGUCGGCUACAGCGUCGUCAUGUUUACACUUUUUGGUAUUAACCUAAUAUUCAGGAUAAAGCCGGAGGAUGCAAUGGACUUUGGUGUGUCGCUGCUUUUUUAUGGAUUGUACUACGGUGUCCUUGGACGGGAUUUUGCUGAGAUGUGUGCAGACUUUAUGGCCUCCACAGUUGGAUAUUACAGUGCAUCUGGGAUGCCCACCAAACACCUUUCAGACAACAUCUGUGCUGUGUGUGGCCAGCCCAUCCUCGUAGACGUCAGUGAGGAAGGGAUUAUUGAGAACACCUACAGAUUAUCCUGCAACCAUGUCUGGGAAAGGCCGCACGUCAUGUAUGGCCAACUUUUAGACUGGCUUCGAUACUUGGUGGCCUGGCAGCCCGUCAUCAUAGGGUUUGUCCAAGGUGUCAACUACAUCCUGGGUCUGGAGUGACGUGGACUGAGAUGCCAYCCAAACAAGAUAUGCACUGGCUCAAAGGACUCUGAGCCUGACAUUAAAACAAAACAAAAAAACACCAACAAAAGUGUCUAUACUUUUUUUUGUAAAUAUUUAUAGGCACAUCUCUGUAUUUACAGAUUCUUUGGAUUUUAUUAGUAUUCUGAUUCUGGAUGUCCGUUUCCCAAGGUUUGCUCCCCACACAGCGUCACACCUCGGUGAUCUGAUUUGUGCAUCUUCUGGAAUAGUAAAACGAUUCUUAUUGUCUUUAGAGGUGCUUUUUUUCUUAUGUCAUAAAUAUCUGUCAAAACGUAAGUGUCAUGCUGGAGUUUGUCAUAUUUAUGUCACUUGUGAGUCAUAAAUCUUAAAUGGAAACCAGCAUAAAUCACUGCUUCCUCCAAAAAAAAAAAAAAAAAAGAGAAAACUCUGGGAUGUUUUCUGUAGUCAUUUAGCAACGAGUUAUUUUAAUGUUAUCCCUUUAUUUUGUUCCGUAUCUUGAACUGUAAGUUGCACAAGUGUCUUAAYAAUUGACAGCCAUAUCUUGUGACUGGAACAUAUGUCAUACACUUGUUAUGACAUUAUUCAAAAAAAUACAUAUUUAUCCCUACAAACUAACCAAAUGGCAUAUUGUUUUGACUCUUCAAACCUUUGUUUGUUAGCUUUUGAAUGGCAUUAAGUCUUAUUGUUGGGUAUCACUGGAAUUGGCCAUAGGCAAAGAAAAAGAUGGCAACAAUAAUAAAGUUUUAAAAGAAU